AUGAAGUUCUCGAGCACCAAUUCUUUUGUCCUGGUUCUGUCGGGCCUGACUUUGCCAGCGGCGGCGCUGAAUGAUGGGAUCGCGAGGAAACCACAGAUGGGCUUUAACACAUGGAAUUCCUUCAAAGCAACGAUCGACGAGAGCGUCAUGGUAACAGCAGCCGAGAAGCUCGUGUCUUUGGGUCUGAAAGGUGUUGGAUAUAUCUACGCCAAUAUGGACGAGGGCUGGCAAGCAAACUACACCCGAGAGGAGACGGGGGGAAAGCUUUUGGCAAAUUCUACACGAUUUCCAAAUGGGAUCAAGCAUCUUGCAGACAGAAUACAUAACCUGGGGCUGAAGGUUGGCAUCUACUCGGAUGCGGGAGUUUGGUCUUGCUUCAAGAACCCGGGGAGUUACGGGUAUGAAUAUGAGGAUGCUCAGGAUUUCGCUGACUGGGGGAUCGACUAUCUGAAAUACGAUAACUGCGCUGGUGCCGAAAGCUAUUAUCACCCGCCUCAGGUCCGCUUUGGAGAGAUGCGCGAUGCCCUAAAAGCAACUGGUAGAGAGAUUCUCUUCUCCCUAUGCGAAUGGGGCUAUAUGUUUCCCUGGUUGUGGUCCCAUGAGAUUGGCCACUCCUACCGUAUGAGCGGCGAUAUAUAUCAACAUUACACCGUUGACAAGUCUGGAUGCCGUGGAAAGACGGCAUAUUCGUUGACUACUGGCGAUGGCGGUUGUUCUGUCCUCACUAUAAUCCGCAAGAUGCGCGAAAUCACCCAAUAUCAGCAGCCGGGUUCAUGGGCCGAUAUGGACAUGCUCGAGAUUGGCAACGUUGUCAACGCCACUGUCUACGAGGAGCAAACACAUUUCUCCUACUGGGCCGCUCUCAAAUCCCCACUCAUCAUCGGCGCCAAUCUCGCCACUAUCUCCAACAGUUCCGUUGAGAUCCUCAAAAACACUGAGAUUAUCGCCCUAAACCAGGACGAUCUUACCGUUGCCCCAUGGUAUAUUGCUAGCAUCAGCAUCGAAAAUAAUCAGCAGUACUGGGCUGGUCCGCUCAGCGACGGGUGGGUCGUGCUGAUGACGAACGAGCUGAAGACGGAGCAGGAUCUUACCAUAAAGUGGGAGGAUAUUGACGGUCUACCCGCGGGUAAGUGGAGGGUAAGGGAUAUAUGGGAAAGGAAGGACUUAGGUGUAAAAAGUGAGGGAGUUACGGUGAAGGGGGUAAAGUACUUUCAGACGAAGGUAUUGAAGUUAACGAAAGAGAAGAGGUGA